AUGUCCAUCUAAUUUUAACUCGAAAUUAACCUACUUUAUUAUAAAGCGUGCAACACUGACUUUGGUCCUGGUCCCGUUUCAACAACAGCAGUGAUAUUUCUUACUCUGUGAAUGACUCAGGCAAAAUGGCCAAAAUAUGUUUAAUAAGUUAGCCAGAAAGAUGAAUAGGCCUGAGCCAUAAAGAAGAAGAAGAAGAAGAAGAAGAAGAAGAAGAAGAAGAUGAUGAUGAUGAUGAUGAUGAUGAUGAGAGACAGGCAUUGAGAGAGAAAGAGAGAUGUUUGUGGUCGGACACUGACAGAUUGAUGGUCGGUUGAUUUUGGGACAGUGUGCAAGAGGGCUCUAGAGAGAGGAGUUUGCAGGGGUCUGAGGGGUGAGGCGGGCCGGGGAAGGAGGAGCGAAUCGAAGAGAGAAAGCCAGAGAGAGUUAUUUGAGUGAUUGGCGGUCGAGUUUUGUUUAGUUGAGGGUCUGCACGAACUUUCCAUCUUUCCGUUUCUUUCUCAAAAAGGGAUUGCGGCGGAUCAGCGCGGAGUGGCUGGAAAGAAUAACAGCAAAAAGUCGAUACUGACCUGAGUUGCAUUCGUAUGUUAGAUGACGACUGAAAGCUCUUUCACAGCACUGGGGUCGACGCCCCCCAUGAGGACCAGUCCCGCGUCCAUCGUACUGCAUCCCGGACUGAUGAACUCCACAGGUAGCUUGGGGGACCAUGGCGCGGUGUCCAAGAACAAAAAGACCACCUCAGGGUUGCAACGCCCGGAGAAACCGCCCUACUCUUACAUUGCGCUUAUUGUGAUGGCAAUUCAGAGCGCACCGACCAAGCGACUUACCCUCAGUGAGAUAUACCAGUUCUUACAAACCCGCUUUCCUUUUUUCCGAGGCUCUUAUCAGGGCUGGAAAAACUCUGUUCGGCACAACUUGUCUCUGAACGAGUGCUUCAUUAAACUACCAAAGGGCCUUGGGCGGCCAGGGAAGGGACAUUAUUGGACCAUAGACCCCACCAGUGAGUUUAUGUUCGAAGAAGGCUCAUUUCGACGAAGACCACGAGGAUUCCGGAGAAAAUGUCAGAAUAUGAAACCGAUGUACCGAAUGAUGAACGGCCUAGAGUUCGGUUCCGCCAUUUUACAACAGAGCUUUGACUACCAACCUCCCACCGGCGCUAUUGCUUGCCAUGGCAGUGGCUAUAAUAUGGAUCUGUCUAGUAAUGGUUAUGAGUCAAUAAGCACCGGCCACCCCAUCUCCAGACAUGGCUACAUGGCCAGCUGUCCAGUGCCCGGGAACGGAGACUAUGGCACGGAUAGCAACAACAGUCCAGUUCCGUCUUCUCCAGCAGUAGCGAGCGCGCUUGAGGGCCACUCACCGUAUUCAGAGGGCACGGCACUCUGGGCAUCUUCGGGCUCUCCAUACUUCAAACAGUCGACUACCAACUCGAGCAAUUCAGCGUCCACAGGGCAGCACCACGGCAUUUUCACAUACUCUCUGGAGCAGGGUUAUAUACAGCAAAGCGCGAGAGACAACACAGACAUGUCAGUGGGUAUAUCGCACUAUCCGACACAUUCUUCCCACGUCGGAGAACGAAAGGACUUCGUGUUGAAUUUUAAUGGGAUUUCAUCCUUCCACCCGUCAGCUGGUGGAUAUUACCAUCACCACCAUCACCAUCAUCCCCACCACCAAAGCAUGCAUCAAGACGUCAAACCUUGCGUGAUGUAGGCCGUAUGGCUGCACAAAGAUAGGCAUUUGGAUAACUGUGAGGUAAAGAGAAUUACGAGAAUGAUUAAUGUACGUGCAAAAUGCUUGCAGAAGGAUUUUCCAAAACCAGCGAAAAAACAGUGACAACAUGAGUAGUCAACAGUGCACUGAGCUAUGUGAAACAAAACGCCAAUGACUGUCCGUUCUUAAAACUGAUGGACUGGGUAUUUUGCUGAUUUGUGGUUCAGUUUCAAAAGAGUUUGAAUUAAGCACAUGUAACCAUAUUUCACUUAACCUGUUCAUUUCGAUGUGAUGUCGAAGUUAACAAUAAAACAUUUAAA